UUUCACCUAACACGUCGUCAGUGUGAAUUGUGAGUAUAAACAUACUCACAUUUGUAUACAUACACACCUGUUCCAACUUAUUUCACUGCUCACCCAUCCGAUCGGUUUAAGUCAUUGGAAACCGAACUCAUCAGCAGAGAAAGUGGCAUUUACUGUUGGUUUCAGUAAUCUUUAUCUGAAUCUACUCAUCGGGUAAACAUCCUAAGAUCGCCUUGAGUUUACAGUUAUUAGUGAUCACCAAUCCAAUAUGCGGUGACCAUUGGCAUGUAGGUGAAUUAGGUGCGAUCGCUCAAAGACCCUACCGAAGUGUUAAGAAAGUACCUCACAUAAUCCAUAGAUUGUGUGAACGUGGACCCCAAGUGUUAAGAACGCUUUCGGCUGUGGUACGUUGAAAUUGUAUCCAACUAUUUUACACGGGUGUUGUUAUAUUUUGAUUUGGGACGUUGUCCAAAGUGUGGCAAAAGGGUGAGAUCAGGGUCAGGACGCCGUGCAGUGCUGCGGUAGUGACUGGUAUGACCGUCCAAGACGAGACAUCAUCAUCCCGGGCCAGCAUGCCGCAGACCGCCGCCACGCGAUCCCGCUUCAUGAUUACGGACAUUUUGAACGGGGGCGGAGGACCACCGACGGCGGUUGACGGAGGCUCGGUCCUACGAGGACGUUCUCCAAGUCCCGGACCACGAGAUCUAUCUCUACACUCAGGACCAUUACACGGUGAUAGUGACACCGACAGUUCCGGGCAUCCAGAUACAUCCAGCGUCUGUUCAAACGGUCAAACCAGUGAAGAAUCAUUAAAUUCAUCAAAAACAUCAAACGGCCCUCUUAGUAAAAAGCAGAGAAAAGCAAGAACAGCGUUUACAGAUUUACAAUUGCAAACGUUAGAGAAAAGUUUCGAACGACAAAAAUACCUCAGCGUCCAAGACAGGAUGGAACUAGCUGCUAAACUGAGUCUUACAGAUACACAAGUAAAAACGUGGUACCAAAAUAGACGAACGAAAUGGAAAAGGCAAACAGCAGUAGGGUUAGAACUCCUGGCAGAAGCUGGUAACUAUGCAGCUUUCCAACGACUUUACGGUGCACCUCCAUAUGGUUGUUGGUACCCUCCCCAGUCGGGACCUGCGGCGGCGGCCCCCAGUGCGGCCGAUCUCUACUACCGUCAGGCAGCUGCUGCGGCUGCUGUAACUCUCCAAAAACCCCUUCCUUACAGACUUUAUCCUCCGGGAAUAGGUCUGGGAAUACCAGGACCUUCGUCGCACCUUGGUAACCUCGCGGCAAGUAGUUCGUUAAGUUCGCUAAGCAGUUAUUACAGUAAUCCGACUCCGGAAGUGCAACAGCCCCGGUCUCCCAGUCCCGGUACUCCUCUAGACCCCGGCUCUCCCGCAACGGCAGGUCGAAGGUCUCCAAGCGACGAAGAAGAUACCAUCCAUGUGUAAUUUUAAAUCGGGUUAGAGGCAAUGGGUCGAUCAUUCAAAAUGAAUAAAGGUGACGAAUCUGGUUUAACUUACAAUAUUUUCUAGAGUUUUGAACGAUCGACACAUGUGUAGAACAAAUUCCUGUAAAUGUACAUAAUAUACUUUCCAUUUGUGAUAAACUGUUUGUCUAUUGUAAGAUAUGGAUUUUGUUAAUUUAUUUGCGCUUUAUAAGUGUUCUGUAGACAAACGGAGUGUUAGAAAUUGAGGACGCAUUUUGCUGUGUCCCAGUGAAAACUAAAAAAGUCUUACAUUCCAUGAGGGUUUUAGUACUUACACAAUUUUAGUACCUAAAUGAUUUUAGAUCAGCUAUACAAAAGUUUUUGUGAUAAUAGACACGGUAUAUAGGUCUUUAGAUAUUCAUCGUUUUUGAUAGGAUAUGCCACAUACUCAUUGAUUAAUAACGCGGAGAGCAACACUUUUGUUCGAACAGUAAUACGUACAAGAGACCUGUUUCGUUCUUCUGUUCUUUUUUGGUUUUAUUUGCAUCUAGACGUCGAUGAAUAAUGUUGCUCGUGCGGAACAUAAACGAUUCUUGAACGGUCGAGUUCUUUUACGCGCCUUAUACAAACAAAUUACCAACUGUUUACUUUUCUAUACGGUGGCGAUUGAUUCCGAAGACACCGUGGGAAUUGAUCAAGUCAUCUUCUCGGACCAGUUCGUUGUCAAAAAAGAAACGCGAUUUGAUACACCGGAUGCUGAGACUACAGCGACUCAUCGCAUCGGGUGGAAACGGUAAAAAUCGAUACCUACACAAAAACACCAAUCGAUACGAUCGAUCGCUGCGCUAGCGAGGCUUACUGUAGGUACGUCGUACAUCGACGUACAAUUUCGUGACGAUCUGAGAGAGAAAGACCGAGUAGAAAAAUCGUAUUCAGUAAACGUGCGUAAGUGGACGAAGAUUAUUUUUGUGGCUUUUCUCAAAUCGAUAUCGUAAUUAAAUUGAAAAUGUUCAGCUUUUUGCAUAAAUAAUACGAAUUAUUUACGUUCCGCCGAGCAUAAAGCCGCAUAAACGCAACUAAUUUUAUUGUCAAAUAUGGAAACGAAUUAGUAACUACCUUUUCGUAAUUAUUCGAGAAUCAAACCGUCAACAAAUUGCUGUUGUAAACUAUAAUAAUAAAAAUAUUUCUUUCGGUCUUAAAAAUGGAGAUUUUUGUUUUCUUAAAACCGCAGAACGAAAUACAUUUAGGUACUUGAUGGGAAUUCUAAGAGCUGUAAGAAUUUUAAAAUGUUUCGACAAAAGUGCCAGUCUUCAUUCUUAUUCUGUAAAACUUUAUGACCUCAAUCUGGACAAUCACAUAGUUACUAAUAACGAUAAUUUUUUUCCAUUACCUACUAAUUGACCACGAAAACUUUUGUUUAGUCACUAAUGCUAUAAUAUUAUGUAAAUAAUUUAUUGUUUUGUAUCCUUUUUAUGUAAAAUAGAUAUUAUAUUUGUCCAUAACUAAAUGUUAAUCAAUAGAUUGUGAAGAAAAAAGAAGAAAAGUAAACAGGUACGUCUGAAUUUUUGUUUCUUUGAAUUGAUUUGGUUUAUUUAACGAAAAAGUUCGAUUAUAUACAAAUAAAUCUACCUAAAAGAUUAAAAAAAUAUCUGUAAGAAAACUGAUUGUCCAUAAAAGUGAAGGCAAAAUACCGUACGUCAAUAUCAUGUCCUCUUAUAUUGAA